GACCUCAAAAGCGUGUCCCUUGCGGUACUCGGAGCUAUCUUCGCAGUCAGGUUUCACUUCGGAGCCCGCCUCACGAUCUACCGUAUUGUUGGAUUCAACCCCGAGUAUACGAGACAUGCCGGAUCCGAAUCCCACCGUACCAGUUUUCAACAUCCCACCCUCCUGCAGACGGUCAGCCACGGUCUCUUCCAUCACCUGUUCUCGUGCCGGUACCCUCACCUGAUCCACCGUCGCCUCCACCUCCGCCUUCGCCGAGGUGCGAUAUUGCACAGGCUAUAUAUCAAAGAUAUGUCGCUGCAAGACGCGCUUGGUAUGCAGCGCAGCCCCGCGGGACUAUCAAAACCAACCAGGAAUACCGCAGGGCGAUGGGUCUCCCACUGCGGUAUGACCAGAAGAGUUAUGAUUGGUGCUUGGAAAGCGAGCAGAUGACAAUGCUCUGCAUCACUGCAACGGACGCAAGAGAAUGGACUAAAGAAGAGAUGAUGGCUUAUCUGGACAGGAUGGUCACGCUGAGGCACAGGGUGUUGUGGAGAUGGGAGACGAUCCGCCGACGAACACCGGAGGAAGCGACAUUGACACCGAAAUGCGGAUGGAGCAGUGUAUUGUAGUCAAGCUGUAACGCAGCGCAAGACUAAUUAAUUGAAACUCUCGCCACUGAUGGAUUUGGGACAAAUCCUGACUUGACCGCUGAGGUUCACUUGGGCCGCAAACCAAUGGGGACACGUACCAUGGCGCUGUCACCGGGUUGAGAGUCAUCAUAUAAAGAGAGAGCCUUGUCGUAGGAGAUCAUAGAUAUGUAUACGUACCGUCCAAUUGCCAGAUCCAUUCCAGCGACGGCCAUCCGCGAAAACAGCACUGUGAUAAGG